GCGGCUAUGGCAGUAGUGGAACGAGGGAAGGGGAUGGGAAGGUAGCGUAAGAGCAAAAGGAAGAAGAGGAGGAAGAAGGAAACUUGAUCAAUCGUUCAUCAUCAUCAUCUCGCUUUCACAGACCGAUCCCGAGUCUCAUCCUGGUUCUUGUGCAGGUUUUUGUUUUGAUUCGAGGUGUUUGUCACGUGUCUCGGUUAGCAAGCGGCUUUCUUGCGGGAGUUCAUUUCCAUGUUAGAUCCCACCGUCUGAAAUCUUUCGUCAUGAGAUUCACAGUUGUGAGGAGCAACAUUGCCAGGUCGUUUUCUUUGUACAUAUUGCUGUGGUUAUGCCCGCUAUCCUUCGCGGGUCACAGCGAUUGGUCGGGACUGGGGAGAGCGAUGCCUCUAGAUCGCAGCUCAGCUCCAGGGUUGACAGAAAGGAUGCUGGUGCAGCAUCGCCAGGACCCUGAGAGCAAUGAGCACUCUGUCGAGUACGCAUGCUCUUACGAGAACUUCGGUGCAACCACGAUGCCGCUCUGCAGUUCUUUCGAAGACUGCAACGAGGACGGCAACGAGAUCAUCUUUGCGGACAGAAACUGGGAGCCUGAGUAUGCAUGCUCAUAUCGUACAAAAUCGUCAACCAUGCCACCUCCGGGUCAAGCAUGCCAAAAGAUGGAACUGAAGGAUGAACCAAAAACGCAAGAGUUUGUGCAAUGCUCAAUGCAAAACCGACGGUGUGAAGCAAAAGUUCGUUCUUCCAUUCAUCACAAGGCACAAGCGAAUAAUGGAAAGCUGGGAAGCUCCAAGUCGUUAGGUGCUAUCAACUCUAUCCAGCAAGGAGGACUCAGAGAUCCCAAAGGCUCGGAGGAGUCGAUGUGGAGGGAGGACGUCGGGAAGAGGUACAGGGAAUUAGUACCGCCAAAGCCAAAACGGGUUUCUUCAACUAUUGGGGGUAUAUCAGAAGCGGGGAUGAGAGAUGCAAUGGCAAGAAGUUUUAGUGCAGAGCUUCGUUUGACAGAGCAGAAGGUUGACGAGGUUGUCAUGUUCUUGGAUUUGGACAAAUGUACAAUAUUUGGGAAUGACGGAAACGACCUUGGUAUUGCGCUUCAAUGGAUGGAAAAGCCUUACGAAGAUGUCGUUGAAUUGUACCGGCACCUCGUCAAUCCAUGCCUAAAGCCUGCUUAUGAAAAAUUGAAAUCAAAAGCUCAUAAGGUCAAAGUGGUUAUAUACACCAUGCGAGCAACUUUUCUACUGUAUAAGUCUUGUUUCCGUCCUGCUGUUAUCGUUCUGCAAUGGUACGACAAGUGGCAUCGCGAUGGACAGAUUUAUUUCCCGAAUGAUGUGAACUCAGCGGAUGAACUUCUUGAGAAAACGAAUUGGCAUCUCCUGGACGAGGAGAGGACUGAUAUCAAGAAAUCGUUGGAACGGCUGCUGGCGGCACGUCAAGUCGUGUUCGAAGAAUUGGGGCUCGAAUGCCUUCCCGACCUUGUGGUUACAGCUCAACCUAAGAAUGUGGAGAAGACAGGCAUGGCGCUAGGAUACAACCCCCAGAACUGCUUUUUGUGGGAUGACAAUCCGAAGUUGCAUCUAGACCCGAAGGUUUUGGGUGUACCUCCAUAUGAGGAGAUGCUGGAGGAUAGACAAGAGAAGCUGCUGAAUUUCUUGAAUGAGUGUCUGCCUCCAGAGCAGAUGGAGGAGGAUCUGUGGGAGUUCAUGUUAGGUGCGGGGCCCUGCGAUGCUUCUCUUCGAGAGGAUUCAGUCACUGGGGACAAGACGUAUCACGUCAAGACUACCAAGUCCUUGGAUCCUUGGCCUAUCCCUGAGUUCAGGGCCAGUGAAGUUAGCGCUAAGAUGCGAAAAGCGGGCUUAGCAGAGGAGGGAACACUUUCACCCGUCACACCAGACUCGGAAUCUUCACCUCUGAGACCGAAGAGCUUCAACGAGCUGGAUCGGCUUGUUGGAAAGAGCCUAGGCGAAAGCAACGUGCGCACGUCAUGGCAGGAGCUGAAGGGAGAGGGUCAAGAAGUGGGAGCAUCAUGAUCAGCUGAAUGCUUGUAGAUUACUUUAGUUGUACAGACAAUGUUUAUGUAAAAGAACGUGUUGAUGAC